ACCACCUCGCGAGCAUGCUAAUUAACGUCUACGACGUCUUUAAUUGUACAAACAUGGCUUCUUCGAGAGAAACUAACAGUGAAGCACGUUCCAAAGAGCUACAUUCAAAGACUUCCUCUGCACGGAUGGGACCACAAGAGCCAGCCUGCAACAUUUCCCUAUGUCACAGUUGAGUCACAAUAAGCUGAGAAGUGAAUGGAGACGGUAAAAAACACAAAAGCAGGGGUUCUGUCUUGGACUCCAGCUCCAGCCUGCAUCUCACCCCCCAGCUCUGAAACGUCUGAAGAUGAAUGCGAUGAGGGGGAAGAACAAGAUCAUGACUUUUGUAGCCAGAUGGAUGAGAAUGGCAUCAUUGGAUUGCCACUAGUGGAUGAGACACAGAAACAUGAUGACGAUACAGAAUGUAAUCAAGCCCCAUCUCCUGCAUCCCCCAUCCAAGAGGGUCUUGGUGGCUGUGAGGUACAGGAUAUGCCACCCGAGGAGCUAGGUUUCAUCCUAAAUGAACAUCUGGAUGAUAUUGAUGUAUUGUCAACCUUCUCUGAUGACAUUUGCAUCUUACAAGAACAAAGAUGUAAUGAAGACAUGGCAAAUGAAAUGAAGAUGCCAAAAGAAGGACAGAAGACAGAUCACUUCUCUGAGAGGGACACGUACUUGGACAUGGCUCAGGGAGAGAGAGAUGGACCAGAAGGUGAGUGGGGUUUGCGAAAUGGACCAGUCAACAAUAGCAAAGAAGAGUCAGAGAUCAUCAGCGAGUGCCAAUUUUUUGACUCUCCACCCUUGAUAGUAGAAGCUGAUGGAGACUGCAAACCUCAAUGUCCAACAUACCAGGCUUCUUCUCGUCCCACCCUCCCCAUUUUCACUCACCUGUGCCAUUUUACUCCUGAGGAAAUGGCUACUGCUCCAGGGAUCACUAAUGAAACUGUUCCAGAUCUGGGAUUUACAGACAGUCCUCUAGACUCAAACAGCCUCAUUAGCUAUGAAUCCAGUCUUCACCAUCAACAAAACUCUGAAAACAAAGAACAAGAACUAGAAGUAGAUGCUAUAUCUCCUCAACCACCUCUGUCUAAUCGUCAGAGUAAUGUUAGUAAUGAAUGUUCAAAGACUGGUCCUAAAAAUUCCUAUCACUCACCAGCGGGAAGGUCACACCCCUGUCAUGAUGCUGUACUUUCAAGGACAAGAUCUUAUAACAAACCUAAGGAAGACUGCUGUCACACUCCCAGAAGACCUAAUGAACCAAGAAAAGGCUUGCCAAGUCACUGGAUACCAGAUUUAUCCAAGGUAAAGCCAAGGGUCUCUUUCCCUAAAGGGGAUUACAAGCCUCCCAAGAGCAGAUGGUCUUCCAAGAAUCCUCCAAAGUCCCUGACACCGGAGGCUCCUGUUGUCUUUAAAUCUCCUGCUGACAUUGUGAAAGAAGUUCUGCUGAACAAAACUGACGGACCUCAGCCACCAUUGCAGUUUAAUAAAGCAAUGUCAGUUGAUGACCCUAAUGGCACCGUGCCUCAGGAGUUCCGAUGCCAGCAGAAGGCCGGUAUCCUGCUCGAUCAGCUCCAGGAGGACCAUGGCAAACUGCUGACUAAGUAUGCUGAGGCAGCGAACACAAUUGACCGCCUGCGGUUGGAAGCCAAGGUUAACUUGUAUUCUGAACAACCAAAGCCUGCUCACGUUAUGCCAUUUGGACUGCAUGUUGAGCCUUCAAAGUUCACGCGACUAGACUUCCCUCAGGCUCAGAAAGCACAGCCCAACUCAGUUUCUCCUCAGCCAAGUGGACCCACCACACACAUAAGAACUUCCUCGGAUCUAUGUUUAUCUGCCUCCAUUCCAAAGAGCUCAGAGUGCCAAGGCAGUCAGAAGGUGGCACCUACACUCUAUGCACAGGCCGACAAGUUCCUCCAUCAGCUCCAAGAUUUUGAGGACUUGCUGAAGAACAAAACGCCUUUCCAACUGGUGAAGGGUCUUGCACAACUGUAUCAAGGACUGGACUCUUUGGAAAAGGGCUACCUGUCAGCCAAGAAAGAACACAAAGUCCUUCAGCAGCCAGGGGCAGAGCACAGCCACUUCGACCCAAACCGAGAGCUGGAGGAGUUCAUUUACCAGUGUGGGCGCCAUAUGGAUGAGCUGAGAGAGAGGGUGGAUCAGAGGACCCUUGAUGUUGAUUCUGCUCAUUCUCUUUGUCUUCAAGCCCAAAAAUCAUCUCCAUCCGAUGAUUCUCACUCAGAGCGUCAACACACACCUUUGCUGCUUGAUCCAGUCGAGGUGACCAAGAAGAAAGCUGACGUCCUUAACCUAAAUUCUUGCGACUUCAAGAAAACAUGUGCUGAACAAGCCACAGGCGUGAAUCAGAGUUCAACGGUGGGCAUCACUCAUGCUCCUAAUAUCAGGAGGAGGAAGGAAGUUAGCAAGUCCUACAGCAGCAGUCAGAGCAGUCUGGCAGAAAUAUGUACAUCAGAGAAGAGACGCACCAAACCUCUAACUAGUAUUAGGAGAGUGCUUUCUCAGGACGGGAUAGUUUCUCCAGGAACGGACAGCGGUUUUGUUGGUUCCGAGUACAGUCAUCAGAUUUGGGCUGCAGCUCCCUGCUCUUUCCACCAGAGAGCCUCGAAGAGUGUUCAAAGACCUGCAGAAGCAAGCUUAGUGGAGCCUCAGACAAGCCGAACCUCACCACAAACUCGUGACUCAUUACAAUCACACAGGCGUACAACAAUGGAGCCCAGCGAAUAUUUCCAACAAGCGGUGAGGAGAUCUAGUCAGGGGGAGUGCAAACAAAGGCAGUGGGUCAGUCAGACAGACUCAAUCAGGACUGACAGUGAAACUACCCGUAUUGUGUCAGAAGACAUACAAAGUGACCAGUAUGAAGAAACCCUCCCCUGUUCCUCCCCAAGCUCCUCCUCCUCCGCUGUGCGACAUCACCAUGGCGACUCUCUAAAAACCUCUCUAAAGUCCAGUCAGUUGAUGACUUGCAAGUCUGGCGAGCAAUUGCUCGAUAUCAGUGGAAGCAACAGAAAGAAAUGGACAAUUGAUGGGGAUGAGGUGGAGAAGGCGGUGAGACGCACAGCCAGGAAAAGAUUGAUACACAAAAAACAAACACAGCCUGACACAUCAACUGCAACAGAGGAUGACAAUUCUGCUCGGCGACUUCUGGUGACAAGAUCUACUCAAACAUCUAUUGCAGCAGCUGACAGUCAACCUGCACACUCAAGUGCUCAAGUCCAGCACAUGAAGAGGGAUCAUGGUGAGUGUGCAAAUGAGAAUGAUGGCAAGACAAGUGGAAUUCCUCCUUGUUCUCAGUGUUUGUCACAUCACAAAUGGUCUUCCGAAAAACGAGCUGGUGCCAACCGAGACCCAUCCCAGUUGUGUUCCUGUCAUUGUCAUCACUGUCAUCACUGUGGACAUUCUGAUACCAAGACAAGCAAUGAGCAAGACUGUUGUAGAGACUCAAACACACCCAGGAUCUCCGGCUGCAAACCAGAGUCUCCCAGCAGAGCGUCACUGUGUCCUACACCAUUGCUCCUUUAUCUCCAACCUCAACCCGUCCACGUGUGCACCAACAAGACAGGCUCUCCUUCGAAGGUCAGCAGUAGCAAGGAGGAAGAUAGGUUGCGACCCUCGCCAUGCGUUGUUUCGCAACGCUGUCUUGACGACGCCCUCCAAGCUGCGCGGAAGGUGAAAGUCAGGUCAAAACGCAUGGUGCGUUCUUUGACCGCAGACCUGCGCUCUCUGGAGCGACUGUCCAAGUCCUGCUCCAACUCGAACUCGGACUAACUAACAGUGCAUCUGCACAUGGAGUCUACAUGAUGGAGUCAAACUGACUUCUUAUAAACUUUGGAAACACCUGCUGCUUGUUUUGCAGGAUUGUUUCAAGUUCUAUUUUAAGGCAACUUUUGUUUGUCUAUGACGGCCAAAUAGCCAGGGAUGCGCACUCAAUUCAAAUGUGUCAUGCGCAUUUCCCCAUCAAACAUUGUGUGAGUGAAGCGAGGGAAGAGGUGCGGAUGUUUAUUUUCCAGCCGCUCCCGUUCCACACAGUACACUACCACAAUACUGUUUCCCCCUCACCCCCCAUUCAUAGAGCUGCGCUAUAGAAAACUGCUAGCGCUCCUGUGAGGGAGAACCAAUUUACAUUAUUUCUCCAAGGUGGGCCGGGGUUGUUUGCGGGCGACCUUCCCAUGUGGCACAAGCUUGCAGCUAAACUCAACUGAAUUGAGAAAGUGAUUCCAUUCAGUGCGCAAACAAUUUGUUAAUUUGAACGAGUCGGUCGCCAACGACAAAACAGUACGACACUCAAGAGAUGGGAAGGCAAAUUCAAAUAUGCAGUAAGUUGAACACAAACGAGUCACGGAUGUUUUAUAUAGUGCCUACGGUGAAAGACGUUUCUCUGCACUUAAACUAAUCAAAACACACAAGAACAACUAUGACAGACAACUUCUUGAGCAUUUUGCGAAUACAAAAUAAUGACUCUGGGAUGGAAAAAAAAAUACCACAAUUUGCCACCCAGCAUGGAAACAUGAGACUUCUGCUAUUUUAAGUCAUGCAAAUUGUAAAGAUCUGUAAAUAAAAGGUAAACAAUAAUAUUCAGGUGUGUCACUUAGAUAGACCUGUUCCCUUUUUUAAUUGUAAAGGUACCAUAAGUAACUUUAAACUUGUAUUCUAUUUCUGUACAUAAAACUCUGCCUUUGGUUACAUCAGGGCUAAUAAAUCCGAUUGUGAAUCAGUUUGACUGUCAUGAGAAUCUUUUGAAAGUAGCAAUUAUUGUACGUUGCAUUAUGUUUCAACCAUAAACCUUUUCCAGAUAUUUUUUAUUUUGUUAUAUCUAUUUAUUCUAGGAAUACAUCUAAAGAACACUUUUCUAGAUAUUGCUGUAGGCCACAUUUAUUAAUAACGCACUACUGUAAUUACAACCCCAAUUCCAAUGAAGUUGGGAUGUUGUGUUAAACAUGAAUACAAACAGAAUACAAUGAUUUGCAAAUCAUGUUCAACCCAUAUGUAAUUGAAUACACUACAAAGACAAGAUAUUUAAUGUUCAAACUGAUGAACUUUAUUGUUUUUAGCAAAUAAUCAUUAACUUGGAAUUUUAUGGCUGCAACACGUUCCAAAAAAGCUGGGACAGGGUCAUGUUUACCCCUGUGUUAUAUCACCUUUUUUUUUUUAACAACAUUCCAUAAACGUAGUAAGUAGUAAUACAUCUUAGAAUCACCACUGCCAGUGAGUUUGGUGGGUUGGGGGAAAAAAUGAGCACCAAACAACAAGCUCUGGUGCUCGUUUCAGACCAAAACUUUUAUGUUUACCCCUGCAAAUAGCAUUUUUGAGGGCAUAAUAGUUACGGUAUUUCAACAUGUGCUGGCAUACCUAAAGGGCAAACUGUUCAGCCCCCUCGAAUGUUUGAUACCAGUACAGUGUGUGUAUGUAAACCAUCGAUUAAGCUCAUUGAAAACAUUGAGCAUUCCAAAACAAUGAACUGUUGUCUAAAGUAGGCUGGUUGGACUUGUGGAUCAUGGCUCUCUGUUUCUUUUACUAGGCAGCGUCUCAACUUUCAUGGGCUCAAUCUGACUGAAAAUGUUGCUCGUUGAUUUUGAAUUUGGGGGAAAGUCACUGAUUCACCUGCCUGACUUCUGUGCAGGCAGCCCUGCUUUAGUUCCCACUCAAGUGACGGUGUGAAAGUGAGUGUGAAUGGUUGUCUGUCUCUAUAUGUGGCCUGUGAUUGACUGCCGACCAUUCCUCAGUGUAGGCUGCCUUUUCUCUGAAAUCAGUCGGGCUAAAAUGCAGCUCCAAGCUGGUAUAGAAAGUGGAUUGAUGGAUUAAUGGAAUUUGGGGGAAAGGUGUGAUGCCUACAUUGGCCGAUGUAGCGAUUUCCACUAAUGAUGUAAUGCGAGACCAAUUGGUUUAUUUUCUAACCAUUCAUUGCAUAAAUUGUCUGUGCAUAUUUUAAAUCAUGUGAAAGUGAGUUUGUAAAGUAAAUCAUGUGAAAGUACAUUUGUAAAGUAAGUGUUUUAUUGUCUUGUGAGUGAACACCUCUUGUCCAUAUAGCUAGAACUGCAAAUUAACCGCACUUCACAUCCAAAUGUGUGAGACUGUACUUGAAAACAUUGCUGUGGAGAUUAUGUUUAUAUUGACAUUUUGUUUUUACCUCUUUUAACCACGUUAUGUGUCCUUUUUUAUGUUUUCCCUAGAACCCUUUGGAUGUUAUAGGACCCAUUACAAAGGUUGAACAUAUUGUGAAGCACUGAUUAUUGUGUGAUCGCUAUUAUAUCGAGAAUUUAUUUAGCGAAGUUGUAAAAGUAAAGAUGGCACCUGUAGGUUAAAGUUAGUCGGAAAACUAAAGUACAAUGCAAGUAUGAACAGUACCAUAAAUAUUAUGUGUAUCAUAUAACCAAAGUGAUUUAGAUAACUACUGUUUGUAACAUUUUUCAACCUGUAAGGUAUCCUUGAGUGACAUGAAAU